AUGUCUGGGGGGACAUCACCCCCCAUUAUCAGCACCCCCGGCCCGUCCCGUAAGGGACGCCAAGUUAUGUCGAGUCUAAGAUUCAGACCAGCACCAGCAACCCGUACAGUCUCGAUGGGACUCGGGACGGACAGCCGGCCCGGGCCUCCGGUCGCGGCCCAGAGGACUCCGAGGAUCGAACCGGAGGAAGAUGUCCUUCCCCCGUUGACCGAUCCCUCUGGGCCCUCUCGGCCGCGGAAGAAGGCCAGGUCCGAGUCUGACCGAGGCUCAUCGAGCGAAAAGGACAAGCGUCCUAGAAUAGGCCCCUCGUCUAGAUCGGAGGGAGAGGAGAGUGCGACCACAUCCUCUGCACACUCCUCAACCGAAUCGGUCACUCCUUCCUCGUCUAGGUCUUCGUCCCCCUCUGGGAGUCCAAUCCCAGCUCAACCAAUUCCUAAGCCUAGGGCUCCCGCCAGGACAGGGACAGCCCCAAGGCAAGUAAGAUCCCCUCCUCGCUCUCCUUCCCCAACGCUAUCUCCAAUCCCGGUAGACUCAACCCGAGGUGCCCCCGCCCUAAGCGGCACGGCGGGCAACCUGGAUUCGACCAGGUACAUGGACCUCGAGUCUACCAGACCUCAACAAGUCACUAAGCCCAACCCCACUCCCUCCACCUCCUAUGCUGCCAUGGCAGCUAGGCCAGGAUGGCGUCCAAUCCGAGGGCCUGCGCAGUGUCAUCGCUGCCAGGCCUUCGGACACGCCUCCUACAACUGUCAUCGUGCGGUCCGUUGCGUAAGGUGUGCCGGGGAGCACAUCGUAGCGGACUGCCCGAGGCCGAGGGACGGCCCGUUCUCCUGUGCCAACUGCGGGAAGGACCACGCCGCCGUAGACAGACGGUGUGCGGUCUUCCGCAAACGGGCCAGGAUGAUGGGAGUAACCGUCCCUCCUCCUGUACCACAGGCGCCUCGGGCCGGGAGUACAGCUCUUCCGGCUUCAGUACCUGUAGCAAAAGGGAAGGGGAAGGGGAAAGGGAAAACUUCCCAGCCCCCUCCCCCAUCCCACUCCGCUCCGUCUGCUGUGGUGGUGGAGGCACUGCCAUCGGCGCCUACGCUGAUGGCACAGGCCAACCCACCACGGCGGAUAAAUAAACCCAAACCCACUCCUGCUCCCCGUGGUCGUACAUCUGCUGGUAUACCAGUGCCUAAACUACUCCCGACUAGCGGCCCUACGUCCACUAAAAGGGAGAAGAACAAGAGGAAAAAGGCUAAAAGGAAAUUAAGAAAAAGGGAAGAAAGAGAGAGACUAAGGGGUACAUCUGAGCCCACAUUGCCAGAACCCCAACAAACCAAUAUCGAAACCAUGGAGGUCGCUGAGGCCCCCCUUACUGCCCAACAACCGACAUCAAGCCAACCACUGCCUACAGCCCAUCCGGCCGAAGGCAAGCACGACUUGAACAACCAGCCCCCCCUACCCCCCCGCCCUCAGCUUAAAGCUAUUGAUGCAAAGUAUUUCAACUAUGAAUUACCAAGCGAUGUCAUAGCACCUAAUAACGGUCUAAACACAAAAAAAUCUUACAAAAUCACAAGACUACAGCUAUCAACACCUUUAGCGUCGACGGUAGCAUCUACGAGUAAGAAUGAUGAUGAAGUUGUAGAAGAUUUUUACUAG